AGUGGGAGUUGUAGUGCAGGAAUUGUUGUCUAAGGGCUUGUUUGCUCCAAUAUGAAGAAAUUCUUCGAUGGAUUGAAGAGUGAUAUGAAGUUCAAAAGUGCGGGAGCUGGACACAAACUGAACGAAGAUACCAGGGAAAAUGUGCCUAAAGUUACAAAAGAACAACCUAAACCUCGUAGACCACCUACAGGGGAGGCACAGAUUGCAGCAGCUUCUGCUGCAAUGGCAAGAAUGGAGUCAAUGCAGGGGAGGACCAUGGGGCAGUUCAAGGAUACCACAGGCAGGAAAGAGUUGAUUGUUGAACAGAAAGAAGAGGCUAAUGCAGGUCAAAAGCUGGAUAUUGAUACUGCAAGAAAGAAGUCCAGUUCUAUUUGUACUGUCCUGUUCAGAUGCCCACUUACUGAUGAGCUGCUUAGGAAAGAGGAGCGAGAAGGCCACAUUAGAAGUAUUAUACAGAAGUUGUCCACCACAGAUCCCACAACUGCUGCCAUUUUGAAGAUUCACACAUAUAACAAAGACAGAGAAAAAGUGAAGCUUGGGACCGAGACUAUAGCUAAAUACCUGAAUAACAUUAUCAUUCACCCUGAAGAAGAGAAGUAUUGCAAAAUCAAAAUGUCAAACAAGGUGUUCCAGGAGAAAAUCAGCUGUUUAGAGGGCUCACAUGAAUUCUUUGAGGCCAUUGGGUUUGAAAAGAGGACAGUCCCUGGGCAAGAUCUACAGGAAGACUUUUUUGUGCUGGGCAGUGAUGCACUGAAAACCCUAGAUGCACUACAGGGACAUUGUGAUGCAUUGUUGAGUGCAGGGCCUUUGAAACUAAGUCUGGAAAGGCAACUGCGUAUUUUCAUGCCAUCCAUUGAAGCUGCGCACUUUGACCUUCCCAAUGACUUCUUCAACCUGACCGCAGAGGAGAUAAAGAGGGAGCAAAGAGACAGGACAGAAAAGUUGGAUAGGAAUGCAAUGCUCAGAACUAAAGCUAUGCGAGAGCGGGAAGAACAGAGAGAAAUGAAGAAAUACAAUUACUCUGUACUGAGAAUCAGAUUGCCAGAUGGAUACAUCAUGCAAGGCAUUUUCUAUGCACGGGAACGGGUGUCUGAUUUGUUUGAUUUUGUUCGUGAGCAGCUACAAAAUGACUGGCUUCCUUAUGAACUUCUAGCUCCAGGGGGUCACAAAGUAGAGGAUGAGCAGAGUACAUUGAUAGAGUGUGGGCUGGUUCCUUCUGCACUACUGACCUUUCGCUGGGAUGCAGCCGUCUUGGCUGAUGUGGAGGCUGGGGGAGGGCAGAAUUCAGUUAGUGUAAUAAAGCCAGAGCUUCUCUUAAAAGUAGAGCAACUCACAUAAUAAAUAUCUGUCACACCUGAUGUCCAACAAGGAUUUUUUGUUUGCAAAGGAAAUAGUGCUUGCCUGGAGUGAUCAGUCGUCAAGGCAUGUUGCCUUUCAGAUGCAGGUAGGCAUCAUUUAGCCAAAUUGCACACAGGCUACAGAUUCAGCUUCAUGUGAAGGCAGUUAAAGUAAUUACCAGGAUCUGUACCAAAGCAGCUUUUCAGACCGACCAAUAAUGCACGAAAUGGUUUAGUUGUAAUUAGGCAAUGUAUUUUGUAACACAUGUAUUUCUCCACUGAACUCUAUUAAUGAUCAAGAUGGUUUGUUUUGAAUAAAAGUAAUUUGCAUA